AAACCUCAUUCAGUUCACGCUUACGAGCAGCUCUGAUCUUUGCUGAAGACGACAUGGCUUUGGCGGAUCCACAGCGUGGAAUAAAUAACGGUGCAGAUCGUUGCUCGGCGUUUUCGGAAAUUAUUGAACUAAAUGUUGGUGGCCAAGUGUACGUGACAAGACACGCAACUUUGAUCGCAGUGCCGGACUCUCUUUUAUGGGGCAUGUUCAGUAAGAACACACCCAAGGACUUGUCGCGAGAUAGCAAAGGGCGCUUCUUCUUGGACCGGGACGGCUUUUUGUUCCGUUACAUCCUCGAUUACCUGCGGGACCUCAACCUGGUGCUGCCCGAUUACUUCCCGGAGAAGAAGCGUCUGCAAAGGGAGGCCGAGUUCUUUCAGCUGCGAGAGCUGUGCAAGCGCCUGAGCCCUAAAAUGAGCAAGGACGACUCGGUGUGUGAAGAGAGCUGCUAUCAGAGCGAUUCGGAUGAGAUGGUGAUGGCGCACGGUGCCGCGGUUUCCGGUUGGGAUGCGUCGCGCGCACUUUCCGUCCUCAGCAUGGCGCGCUCGCCCUCGGGGGAAGUCAGAAAGUCGGGCUACAUCACCAUUGGCUACAGGGGCUCGUACACCAUCGGGAGGGACAUUCAGACCGACGCCAAGUUCAGACGCGUGGCGCGCAUCACCGUGUGCGGAAAGACGUCCCUCGCCAAAGAGGUGUUCGGAGACACCCUGAACGAGAGCAGAGACCCGGACAGGCCCCCGGAGAGAUACACUUCCCGCUAUUAUCUCAAAUACAACUUCCUGGAGCAGGCUUUCGACAGACUCACUGAGUUCGGCUUCCGCAUGGUCGCCUGCAGCUCCACAGGGACAUGCGCUUAUUCGAGCAACGACCCGGCCGAGGAUAAAAUCUGGACGAGUUACACAGAGUAUGUGUUCUGUCGGGAUUAACACUCAUGAGAAAUGUCCAGCUCCAUGAAUAUCAUUCAUGUAGGAGUGUACAAACACCCUUAAUAAUGUAGCCUUUUAGGUUAUCCGAAGUCAACACUGUAUCACUGAGUGACUAUUAAUUGUUAUGUAAAUACAGUAGCUCCGUCACAUCCCUUUAAUAGUUUACUGACUUACUCCAUAGUAGUCAGAGCAUUUUUUAACAUAGUUACUGGGAGAACAAAUGGUCUCCCAGUGGCCAGAUUUGGUCUCCUAGUCAAUGCUAAACCAGCUUCACUGGGAGACUAAAUUUUAAACCAAGUUAUGUUAGAUUGAUGCUGAAAGGUAAAACUGAAAUGGGAUUAUGGGAGAUGCUUGAAUUGCUGGUCCAAAUUCAUAAGACUGUGUUUUCUUUGGAUUGGAAUGUUUAAGAAAUAUUGAAGUUGGGUUGUCAAGACUGUGGGUGGUAAAAGAGAGCAACUGGACUUGCUUGAAGAUUCUUGAAGACGUUUCACCUCUCAUCCGAAAGGCUUCGAAGAAGCAUCUCCCAUAAUCCCAUUUCAGUUUUACCUUUCAGCAUCAAUCUAACAUAACUUGGUUUAAAAUUUAACCACAGUUUACCAUGACCUGGAUGACUGAGAAUCUUCACAGACAGGUUGUCAAGACUGUUCCAAUUUCCAAAUUAUAGACUAAAUAUGCAGUUAUUUGAUACUAUGUUUCACAUUGAGCAAUAAAAUUGAAGAUUUUCUUAUUUCUUAUUUUUCACUGUUUCUUAAAAUACAUAAUAUUAUGAAAGUUGAUAAAACAUUAACUUAAACUCAGUGUAAUUUUAGUAUUUUACCAUACUUCUGAUGAAGUUACGGUAACUUGGCACUGCAUUAACUAUGUUGAUAUUAUGCUGGCUGAAACGAGGAUUCGUAAUGCGGCAGUUUGCAUCACAGAAUAUGCCGCAGCGGUGCAGCCGCAUGGACUCUGGGGCCUGUGAUUGUAUUGCCCAGACCAGUUGGUCUCCUAGUGGAAAAUCCUUAAAAAAUGCUCUGAUAGUAGUUAGCUUUACUUUAUGACCACUAAAUGCAAGGCAUCAGAUAUUAAAGAUAGAUUCUUUCAUACUGCCCGCUAGACUUUAAGAACUAAAACAACUUACAAUUAAAUUUUAAAUUAAAAUAGCCUAGAAUAUUUAAACCCAUAAUAAUUGCUCGCAAGCCUGUAAAGAAUUUGAGAAACCUUAUUUGUACUGUAGCAAUUAAGUAAACCUUUACAGCUGGAUGUAUAUAGACCGCUUACAAUACAUGAUGAUGCCUUAGACUGGAAUUCCUGAUAAACAACAGAUGAAGGAGAUAUAAAGGUGGUUUUUUUUGAUACAGUAAAGACUUUAUAUCGUUCUUGUCUGUUGUUUACGAAACUAGUUCAGCAGCUCUCUCUGUUAAUCUGCAUGCUUUGGUUCCACUGACUUUGGUACUAUCGUCGUGAUCUUGUAGAAGAAAAAAAUAUGUUACACUCAUUUGUGCACAUUUCUUGUUUCCAAACUAUUUUUCCCCCAUAGUACACUGUUUUGAUAUCUAGGUACUGUUAAGA